GGGAACCUUUUUUAUAAGUUUGAUAUCGCCACCGCUCCGUUUUCUUUUCUUACCGAAUCCCCUGUGAAAGGUUUGGAAGAAGAAUCAAAGGGGAAAUGGCGGACCAAAUUGCGAGAGCUGAAGAUUUUGAAAAGAAAGCCGAGAAGAAGCUCAGCGGUUGGGCUAUCUUUGGCUCCAAAUACGAAGAUGCUGCCGAACUAUUUGAUAAGGCUGCUAACUCAUACAAACUCGGCAAAUCUUGGGAUCAAGCUGGAGCAGCCUAUGUUAAGUUGGCAAACUGUUACUUGAAGUCCGACAGCAGACACGAAGCUGCCAAUGCUUAUGCUGAUGCUGCUCACUGCUAUAAGAAGACAAACAUUAGAGAGUCCAUAUCUUGCUUAGAACAGGCUGUGAAUAUGUUCAUGGAUAUCGGGAGGCUGAAUAUGUCUGCGAGAUACUACAAGGAAAUAGCUGAACUGUAUGAGCAAGACCAAGAUUUGGAGAAGGCUAUUGUAUACUAUGAGAAAGCCGCUGACCUUUUCCAAAGUGAAGAUGUUAAUACUACUGCAAAUCAGUGCAGGCAGAAAAUUGCUCAAUUUGCCUCUCAACUGGAACAAUAUCCAAAGGCUAUUGAGAUUUAUGAAGACAUAGCUCGACAAUCACUCAACAAUGCUUUGUUGAAAUAUGGUGUCAAGGGGCAUCUUCUCAAUGCUGGCAUAUGCCAACUUUGUAAAGGUGAUGUUGUUGCAAUCCACAAUGCAUUGGAGCGAUAUCAGGUAUGAUUGUGUUAGGACUCUUUUUCAGGUUUUCACACUUUGAUUUAGAUAUUUUAUUUAUGAGUUGUGAAACUUUGUGCUUGCAGGAACUAGAUCCAACCUUUUCUGGAACACGGGAAUACAAAUUGUUAGCUGUAUGUUUUUUCUUCUGACUUCUGCAGAUAUUGUGUUGUAGGUUCUUUUUUCUGGCUAGUUGUGUGUUCCUGGCAUCCCUGGUCGACACAUCUUUUGCGCUUCUUUAAUUUACAGAGUAUUGCUGAGUUCUACACGUAUAGAUGGCAUCUAAUAGUUUCUUCAUACUUCCUUGUUUCUAGUAAACUACAUGAGACUUGCAUCUUAUUAGAAAAUUUUUACCUUUGUUGUAAUGGCAGGAUUUGGCUACCGCGAUUGAUGAGGAAGAUAUUGCAAAGUUUACUGAUGCUGUCAAGGAAUAUGAUAGCAUGACCCAACUGGUAAAUUUUGAUUGGCUUCUUAAGAUCCCCAUGCUUUCCCCUAGGACAUCAAAUCGUCUCUUGUAUGAUUAACUAUAAUAUUUUAUUUGCUUUUGCUGAUUGACAUGGUAGAGUGAUUAUAGAAAGUAGUGUGAAAAGACUGUUGCAUGACUAGAAACAAAUAAUUUUAUUGCAAGAGUGUUCAAUCUGAACUUUUGCUUGAUAGUGACUCAAAUUUUAGGUAAACUUCAAUAAGAGCAUGUCUCUUGAUGUUAUGGAUUUGGCGUUUUAGAUAAAUUGUCUUGCCCUGGGAAUGGGGCACUGACUUGUGAUGAGGGGAUUACGUUUGGCCCUUUUUUGUUUCAGUGCUUUUUCCGUUCUCUCAUUGUGUUCAGAAAAUGGGUUGAAAAAUUGGAGAACUAGGCAACAAAAAGAGUUGUUUGCUUGAACUAUGGGUUGAAUUGGGUGAAAUGACACAACACCUUGAAAACAUCUCUGUCCAGUUUUGGAACUGUCUGCGUCUUCAAAAGUUGAGAUAAAACUGCUUUGGACUACAAAUUUGAAUGUGUUCUCUAGUCUCGUCAAUGAUGAGUGACCCUAAAACUGCUUGGCUUUCAGUGGUUUAAUGUCAAUUGGCAAAGUUGCAAAUUUUUUGAAGUGUCUCAGUUAUGAAACUGAAAUCUUUUUUCUUCUCUUCAAUGUUGUGAGUUUUCUCUGGAAAGCAUAAACAUCAAUUUGGUGCUCUGUUCUCAGGAUGCAUGGAAAACAACACUUCUUCUGAGAGUAAAGGAAGCAUUGAAGGCCAAAGAACUUGAGGAGGAUGAUCUUACUUAAAAAAGUUUUCCCCCUCAACAUCUACAACUUGAUUUGUGUUGAUUGCUUUGUACUCUCGCGUCCGGGGUUCUAUUAAAUUCAUGAUUGCAUAUUGUGCGUACAAUUGCUUCUGUGACUGAGUAUGUGCUUCUGUGACUAUGUAUUGGAUAUAUUGUUUUUUCUUUUAAGCAGAACUUGAGUUUCAAUAAGCGUAGUUUUGUGUCUGAAUUGCUUUCGAAAUUUGUAACAAAGAGGCAGACGGCUAUUGAAUUCUGCAUGUAAUGGAUAAACAUAUGUUUUUCGUUUGACCUCCUGAGUUGUAUAGAAUUCUAUUGUUCUGGUUAUCCAGAUGAUGCAGUGUGUAUAUUCUUUUGGUUGGGUUUUGAAAUAUUGAGUCCACUUCCGAAUCUAUAACAUUUGCGAAAACCAGUUGAAAAUCUCUGUCCUAAUGUUCAAGGGGAGACUCAAAUUUUGGAAAAUGCGCUUUAAUUAGAUUUUGGAUAGAAGUGGGCAGCCCAUACGAGCCUUCAAUGCCUACCAACCGA